AUGGUGCCUGUGCUUCUGCUCUUGAUGAGCAUAAACCUGGGCUGCAGCACAGCUUGCUCACUUGACUGGAGUGCAUUUUGGAGAAUCAAUUCCCAGCGCACUGACACUCUACAGUUAUUAAACGAGAUGAAAAUCAUGCCGGUCCUCUCCUGCCUACAAGACAGAACCGAUUUCAGAUGCCCCUGGAAGAAAGGCCAUAUAACCAAAGGAAAGCAGAGAGAAGAAGCCACCUGUUGCUACUCUGAGAUGCUCAGGCAGGUUCUCCAGCUCUUCAGGCCACAGGCUACAAGAGAUGCCUGGCCAGAGAGGACUCUCGGGCGGCUUCUCACCAGCCUGUUGAGUGGCCUGGAGGCUCUGGAGGGGACAGCGGAGCAAACACCUCCCUGUCUGACCACUUUGGCCAUGGCCAUCCGCACCUACUUCUUAGGAAUCUCACGCUAUCUGGAGAAAAAGGGAUACAGCCCUUGCUCCUGGGAGAUUGUCAGAGCAGAAAUGCAAGUGGCCCUUUCCACAUUCCCGGUGCCUGCAGAGAGAACCUCCAGGAAGAGAAGAAGCUCCAUGCAGGAAUCCCCUCUGAGGUGACAGCAUGUUCAGGGCCUCAGGUCAGAGCACACACUACACCAGAUGCAAGAAGACUUAAUCGAAAGAGUUGGUGACAUCAUACACCGUU